CAAAUACAUGGAAUCGUAAUCAUUCAUCUCUUUCAGGAGCUAUAAGCUAAGGUUUUCAUGAAGAAAUGAAUAACCAGAGAUCCAUCUCUCUGGAUAGAACAUAACCUAAUAAUUAUCAAUCAUGAUCAAAACGGUUACCACCUUAUCCUUCAUAUCCAUAUUAUCCACAUCCUUCUUCUUCUUCUUCAGCGCUACAAUAUCCUCUCCCAAAUCCUUCCAUCACACCAAGUUCCUAUCGCUCUCUGACAAUACCUCCGCCGCAAACCACCUCUUCACUCUAACUCGCCGUCCACACGUCGCCGGAACCCUAGCCAACGUCGAAACAGCUUCAUACGUUCUAUCCACACUCAUUUCAAAUCAAAUUCCAUCUCAUUUAACUUCAUAUCAAGUUUCCCUAACAUAUCCCCUCUCCCGUUCAUUAACGCUAACAGAUCCAUCAUCAUCCUCAUCAUCUAAACAGUUCACCCUCCGUCAAGAGAUCUACGAUGGUGAUCCUUACGCUGACGUGGCCAAGGAAGUCUUACCGACGUUUCACGCCUAUGCAAAGUCCGGUUCGGCAUCUGGACCGGCGGUUUACGCUAAUUACGGACGGGUACAAGAUUUUGCAACUCUUAAGGAAAUGGGAGUAAAUGUUACUGGUAAUGUUGUUUUGGCGAGAUAUGGAGAGAUUUAUAGAGGAGAUAUUGUGAAGAAUGCUCAAGAGGCAGGGGCGAUUGGGGUUAUAAUUUAUACUGAUAGGAAAGAUUACGGCGGCGGCGGUGGUGGUGAUAAGAGAUGGUUUCCUGAAGAUAAAUGGAUGCCGCCGUCUGGAGUUCAGGUGGGAUCGGUUUUUACGGGAAAUGGUGACCCAACUACGACGGGAUGGCCGAGUAUUGAAGGGUGUGAGAGAUUGUCGGCGGAGGAGGUAGUGAAGACGGGAGAUGUUCCGUUAAUUCCUUCUUUGCCUGUUUCGUGGGCUGAUGGUGAGGUUAUAUUGAGAUCCAUUGAUGGACCUGUUGCAAAUGGAGAUUGGCAAGGAGGAGUAGAUUCCCCUGUUUAUAGGGUUGGACCUGGUCCUGGAAUUAUAAAUCUCAAUUACCAGGGAAAUGAAGUAUUAAGAACAAUUCAGAAUGUGAUUGGCAUUAUUGAAGGAGAAGAAGAACCUGACCGAUAUGUAAUUCUAGGUAACCAUAGGGAUGCAUGGACAUUUGGUGCUGUUGAUCCAAACAGUGGUACUGCAGCUAUGUUAGAGGUUGCAGAACGACUAGGAAAGCUACAGAAACAAGGAUGGAGACCUAGACGAACCAUUGUCUUCUGUAAUUGGGAUGCCGAGGAGUAUGGAUUGAUAGGAUCGACAGAAUGGGUUGAAGAAAACAGGGAAAUCCUAACUUCACGAGCAGUUGCUUACCUUAACGUUGAUUCAGCAGUUUAUGGAAAAGGAUUUUAUGCUUCCGCAACUCCACAGCUAGAUGAACUACUCAUACAGGCUUCUCAACUGGUUCGUGAUCCAGACAAUUCAUCUCAAACUGUAUAUGAUUCAUGGCUUGACUUGAAGUCUAAAGUCGUGCUAGGCAGAUUGGGUGGUGGAGGUUCAGACUAUGCUGCCUUUGUACAACACAUUGGUGUUCCAGCUGCUGAUAUGUCUUUUGGGGAUGGUUAUCCUGUAUACCAUUCUAUGUAUGAUGACUUUGUUUGGAUGAAGAAUUUUGGUGACCCCAUGUUUAAUAGACAUGUUGCAGUGGCGAGUGUAUGGGGUUUGGUUGCACUUCGACUAGCCGAUGAUGAAAUUCUUCCCUUCAAUUAUCUUCACUACGUCGAUGAGCUACAGAAAAGUGCAGAAGAGCUAAAGGUGGAAUUAGAAGAUAAGGACAUCAACCUCAAACCAUUAUUAAACUCUAUUGAUGUAUUGAAAUUGGCUGCCAUCAAAAUAAAUGACCAAAAGGAGGUUUACCGGAAAAGGAACAAAAAGUUAGAUUUUCGGAAAUUACGAGAACUGAAUGACAGAUUGAUGAUGGCGGAGCGAGCUUUUACAGACAGAGAUGGGCUUUCUUCAAGACCGUGGUCUAAGCAUUUGAUUUAUGCACCAUCAAAGCAUAAUGAUUAUGGAUCUAAAUCAUUUCCUGGGAUUGAUGAUGCAAUUGAGAUGGCUAAGAAUAUGGAUAGUGAAGAAUUGUGGAAAUCUGUACAGCAUGAAGUUUGGAGAGUUUCUAGAGCCAUCAAACAUGCAUCACUUGUUCUCAAUGGUGAAUUGACAUAAAUUCUUCUUUUUAAUAUUAUUAGUCAUGUAAUAUAUAUUACACUGAAAUAGUAUCUAUUAUCAAAGUAUACUGCCAUAAGAAUAUUUUAACUAGAAUAAGAGCUUCU